GCGGAGCCGCUGCUGGGCGCGCCGGGGGAGCUGCUCAAGCAGGGCACGCCCGAGUACAGUUUGGAAACUUCGGCCGGCAGGGAGGCCGUCCUGUCUAAUCAAAGACCCGGCUACGGGGACAAUAAAAUUUGCGAAGGAAGCGAGGACAAAGAGAGGCCGGAUCAAACUAAUCCUUCUGCCAACUGGCUGCACGCUCGCUCUUCCCGGAAAAAGCGCUGUCCCUACACCAAAUACCAGACGCUGGAGCUAGAGAAGGAGUUUCUGUUCAAUAUGUACCUCACCAGGGACCGUAGGCACGAAGUGGCCAGACUCCUCAAUCUGAGCGAGAGACAAGUCAAAAUCUGGUUUCAGAACCGCCGGAUGAAAAUGAAGAAAAUGAAUAAAGAACAGGGCAAAGAACCUGUUCCAAAGGCCAGCAGGCCAGCGGGCAAGAUUCUGCCCCUGCUGCAAACACACAGCAAGGUGUCUAGAAACCCGCUCCUGAAGGAGGCACUGCAGCCCAGGGAGCUGAACGUCACAGUACCAGCCGCACGGAACCCCAGCUCUACCCUCCCAGACCCAAGGGCAAAGGGAAUAAACUCGGCCCCCAAGCUGGUGGGCUAG